UCACUGCUCGCGCUCUGCGGCCGCGAGACUAGAAACCAACACGAGAGAGAGAGACACCUGAGGCACUGAAGAUUCCACUUACACUCAAAACUCUAGCUUAGAAGCAGAAUAUCACAAGUUACCCAUCAAAUAAGAGAAUAUACCACUUGAAAAUGAUGACUCAGAUUGAGCUUUCCGUUCCAUAUGAUAAUGGAUAUGAACCGGACGACUACAUGAUGCAGGAGGACGAAUGGGACCGGGAUUUAUUACUGGAUCCAGCAUGGGAAAAACAGCAACGGAAGACGUUCACGGCCUGGUGUAACUCUCACCUGAGAAAAGCUGGGACACAGAUUGAGAACAUAGAGGAAGACUUCAGGAAUGGCCUCAAACUAAUGCUGCUGCUUGAAGUCAUCUCAGGUGAGAGGUUACCCAAGCCUGACAGAGGAAAGAUGCGUUUUCACAAGAUAGCCAAUGUCAACAAAGCCCUUGAUUUCAUCACCAGUAAAGGAGUGAAACUGGUCUCCAUUGGAGCUGAAGAAAUUGUGGAUGGAAAUGUGAAAAUGACUCUUGGAAUGAUCUGGACUAUCAUCCUUCGCUUUGCCAUUCAGGAUAUCUCUGUUGAAGAGACUUCGGCUAAAGAAGGGCUUCUGCUGUGGUGUCAGAGGAAGACUGCACCUUACAGGAAUGUCAAUAUUCAAAACUUUCAUGUCAGCUGGAAGGAUGGCUUGGCGCUGUGCGCUCUCAUCCACAGGCACAGGCCUGACCUCAUUGACUACGCUAAACUCAACAAGGAUGAUCCAUUAGGUAAUCUGAAUCUGGCAUUUGACAUUGCUGAAAAACAUCUGGACAUCCCCAAAAUGCUGGAUGCAGAGGACAUCCUGAACACCCCAAAGCCUGAUGAGAGAGCUAUUAUGACAUAUGUGUCCUGCUUCUACCAUGCCUUUGCUGGAGCUGAACAGGCUGAAACUGCUGCGAACAGGAUCUGUAAGGUGCUGGGAGUGAAUCAGGAAAAUGAAAAGUUGAUGGAGGAUUAUGAAAGACUGGCUAGUGAGCUGUUGGAGUGGAUCAGACGUACCAUUCCCUGGCUGGAGAAUCGUGUGCCGGAGAAGACUAUGUCGGAGAUGCAGCGGAAGUUGGAGGAUUUCCGAGAUUACCGCAGGAUGCACAAACCUCCCAAAGUGCAGGAGAAGUGUCAGCUGGAGAUCAGCUUCAACACCCUGCAGACUAAACUCCGCAUCAGCAACCGACCCGCAUUUAUGCCCUCUGAGGGCAAGAUGGUUUCGGACAUAGCAAGUGCAUGGCAGGGACUGGACCAGGCUGAGAAGGGAUAUGAGGAAUGGCUGCUGACGGAAAUCAGGAGACUGGAAAGAUUGGACCACCUAGCAGAGAAAUUUAGACAGAAAGCUAGCAACCAUGAGACCUGGGCUGCAGGUAAGGAGGAGAUGCUGACCCGGAAGGACUACGAGUCAGCAUCUUUAAUGGAGCUCCGAGCUUUGCUGAGGAAACACGAGGCAUUUGAGAGUGACCUUUCUGCCCACCAGGACAGAGUCGAGCAGAUUGCUGCUAUUGCUCAGGAGCUCAAUGAGCUGGAAUAUCAUGAUGUUGCAUCAGUGAAUCAAAGGUGUCAAAGUAUCUGUGACCUCUGGGACCAACUGGGUACACUCACUCAGAAACGCAGAGAGGCUUUGGAGAGGACAGAGAAACUUCUGGAGACGGUAGAGCAGUUGUUUCUGGAAUACGCAAAGAGAUCUGCUCCCUUUAAUAACUGGAUGGAGGGAGCCAUGGAAGACUUGCAGGAUAUGUUCAUCGUGCACACGAUUGAAGAGGUCCAGACUCUGAUAGCAGCUCACGAGCAGUUUAAGGCCACACUUCCUGAGGCGGAUGCAGAAAGGCAGGCGAUCCUUGGCAUUCAGCAGGAAGUCCUGAAGAUCUUCCAGAAUUAUGGCAUUCGUGGAGACCUCACCAACCCCUACAGCACCAUAACUACAGAAGAGAUUGCCAUCAAGUGGGACAAGGUGAAGAAGCUGGUUCCCCAGCGUGACAGUGCACUGCAGGAGGAGUUAGCACGACAGCAUGCCAACGAAAGGCUCAGACGCCAGUUUGCUGCCCAAGCCCACCUCAUCGGACCCUGGAUACAGACCAGGAUGGAGGAAAUUGGUCAUUGUUCUAUGGCUGUGGGUGGUACUCUUGAGGAUCAGAUGACGCAGCUGAAGCAGUAUGAGCAUGUGAUCGUCAGCUAUAAACCCAACAUUGACAGACUGGAGGGAGAUCACCAACUCAUCCAGGAGUCACUUAUCUUUGACAACAAACAUACUAACUACACUAUGGAGCAUAUUCGUGUUGGCUGGGAGCUCCUUUUGACUACGAUUGCUCGCACAAUUAAUGAAAUUGAGACUCAAAUUCUGACACGUGAUGCAAAGGGCAUCAGCCAGGAGCAGAUGAAUGAAUUCCGAUCCUCUUUCAACCAUUUUGAUCGGGUGCUAGGGGUAACAAACAUGACUGAUGAGUUUAAAGCAUGCCUGAUCAGUUUUGGGUAUUUAGUAAGUGACAAACAGAAGAAGAAUGGGGCGAUGGAUUCUGAUGACUUUAGAGCCUGUCUGAUCUCGAUGGGUUAUGAUCUGGGUGAGGUGGAGUUUGCCCGGAUCAUGAUGCUGGUUGAUCCGAACACUUCAGGCGUUGUGUCAUUCCAGUCUUUCAUUGACUUCAUGACAAGAGAGACAGCGGACACAGACACAGCUGAACAGGUCAUCGCUUCCUUCAGGAUCCUCUCUGCAGACAAGCCAUAUAUUUUGGCAGAUGAGUUGAGGCGAGAGCUUCCUCCAGACCAGGCAGAGUACUGCAUCAGCAGGAUGCCCCCAUACACCGGCCCCGGGGCCCUGCCUGGAGCCCUGGACUACACUGCCUUCUCCACUGCCCUCUACGGCGAAAGUGACCUUUAACUCUCUCAACAGCUCUGACCUUUUUCAAUCCCAUCACACUUGUUAACCAAAUAAAAUAUUUGUCCAUCAGCCUCAAGAAAUUAAAACGUGGCAAAUAAAUGAGCACAGCUUAGUUUUUUAGUCUCAGUGAAUGGAUGUUGCUAGAUGACUGAUAUGAAAUGUUUAAGUCAAUACACAUGCAAUGUAGUCUGGAAAUGAAAAGAAUGCAAUUUAGAAAGUAAAAAGAACAUUUAACUGUAACAGUCCAAAUUAGUAGUGAAUUUUAGAUUCACUUUCUCAUGAAUUGUUGAAUCCAUGGCAUGGGAAACUAUUUACUGUCUUUCAUGUAGGCUAUGUAUAAUAGACAACAUUUACAAAGACUUUGUCACUUGAAUUACAGCAAAAUCAGCAGUUACGUUACACUAAAUUCAGAAUUCAGUACUGUUAAGUAUGUUAGAUUUUUUUUUUUUUUUUUGCAUUUCACUCUGAUCUUUUCCAGAAAUAAAUCUAUUUUGUAUGGUAGUGUUAAACCCACAGUGUGUAAGAUUUUGCACAUUUGAAUUCUCUCCAAAUGAGAAAGAUUCACCAAACCAUUGUGCUUUUCUUAUUUUGCCUUCUUGUACUGUAGUGUCCCUGGUUACAAAAAGCAACAAAAACAGUAGCCUGACUCAAUUCUCCCCAACAUAAUAACCUAACAGUGCUUAAUGUCAAAUACAGUAAGAGUUUGUCACACUGGCUGAUUUGGUUGUACAUGACAUUUUGAAUAGGGUCAAUGUUUGAACAUUUUCUUAAGUUUGGUGAUUACAUGACGUAUCAAUCUAUGUACUAUUACAGGGCUUGUCAAAUAAAGAAAGCAAAAAACAGGAAUACUUAUGUUAAAAUACAAAAUUUACAGUUGUGGGUAAAAGAAUGUUAGGAAUGAUAGACAAACACAGCCUGCUUAACACACCAUUGUCUAUAUUAAACACAGCAUGCAAACCUUUCACAGUGAAGAGUGAAAAAAGUAUGCAAAUCCCAAAAUAUCAAUCAAGCUUUCAUGAAUACAGCUAAUUUCUCACUAAAAUGUCACACUAAUUCAGUGUACAAUGACAAUGCAUUUGAUUGAUUUUUGGUCAAUUUGUUAACCUAUCAAAUUAGUUUUGAGAUGGAAAAAAAGUGAUUUGUGAAUGUCUGCUGUUGAAUUCUAUAAUCAAGAAAGCCAAAUGUGUGUUUUACAGUGACAUAAAUGAAAUAAACAGUAUGAAAAGGCCAA